CGACGGUAACUCAGCACCUUCAACAGGUUGGUUGGUCUGAACCGCUGCUGCUCUCUGACCCUGCAGGAACAUGGACCCUUAUCCUGGCGGUGUUCUCCGUCGGGCUGCUGCUCCUCCACCUCCACCCUGCCAUGGUGAUGGAGAAGAGCAUGACCUGAACAAGGUCUCAAAUGUUGGGGGUUCAGAGCCUCCUGGAGACCGCAGCCCAGCGGGGAGUCAGUUCAGUGAGGAGCAGGAUGUUCAAGGUCACAGAUUGGCUGCCGUUCCAGCAGCUCGGGGUCACCUGGUGAGGCGGCGCUCCAGCGGACCUGUGGUCAGGACAGACCAGACCAGCAGUUUUAGAGACCAACGCCUGCGAGCAGACCGUACUCCUCACAAGGUGUUCGUGGAGCUGAACGAGUUGGUGGUGGACCGGAACCAGGAGCUGCAGUGGAGGGAGCGGGGUCGAUGGAUCAGGUCUGAGGACGAGGAGGAGGCAACAGAGUGUUGGGGAACGCCUGGCAUCACCUCUCUGUCCUUCCGCUCCCUGUUCGAGCUCAGAAGAAACAUCUCCCAGGGCACCGUGCUCCUGGACCUGGAGCAGAGGACUCUGCCGGGCAUCGCCCAGGAACUGGUGGAGCAGAUGGUGAUGUCAGACCAGAUCAAAGCUGAAGAUGGAGCCAGUCUUCUGAAAGUUCUGCUGCUGCCACACAGCCAUCCUAGUGAUGAUGAAGAUAUGAGCUUCUUCAGCAGCAACAGCUCUUCAGCCAACACGGGCUCCCUGAUCGACAGACGUAAUGGCCAAACAGAGCUCUCCAUAAACCCAACAAAUCACAGAGAAGCUAAUGGAGAUAAGAGGAAGAUGGAGGCGCCAUCUCUCUGUCAAUCCAAGUCCAAACAUGAAGUGAAGAUAUCAGAGAAGAUCCCAGAGCAUGCUGAGGCCGCCGUCGUGCUCGUGGGCAGCCUCGGGUUCCUGGACCAGCCCUCAAUAGUGUUUGUCCGGCUGCAGGAGGCGGUCCUUUUAGAGUCGGUGUUGGAGGUUCCUGUCCCUGUCAGGUUCCUCUUCCUCCUCUUGGGCCCACCCACUGCUAACAUUGACUACCACCAGAUUGGACGCUCCAUCGCCACGCUUAUGUCGGAUAAGCACUUCAAUGAAGCAGCGUACGAAGCAGAAGACCGCCAGGAACUGCUAACAGCCAUCAACCAUUUUCUGGACCUCAGCAUGGUCAUCCCUCCAUCUGAGUUUGGCAAAGAUGAGCUGCUGCACCAACAGGACCAGAAGAAGAAGGAGCUACAGGGGAAACAGGGCAGCAAUCAGCCGGAUGAAGAUUCUCUUGUUCCCUCCAAACCCGGAAAUGAGCCUCUGAGACGUUCAGGACGUCUCUUCGGUGGUCUGAUCAAAGAUGUGACGCGACGCUACCCUCAAUACGUCAGCGAUCUCCGCGAUGCGCUGAACCCUCAGUGUAUGGCUGCGGUCAUCUUCAUCUACUUCGCCGCUCUGUCUCCUGCUAUCACCUUUGGUGGACUGCUUGGUGAGAAAACUGAGGGUCUGAUUGGCGUGUCGGAGCUCAUCGUUGCCACGGCGCUGCAGGGCAUCGUGUUCAGUGUGCUGGGAGCUCAACCUCUACUGGUGAUCGGCUUCUCUGGACCGUUGCUGGUUUUUGAGGAGGCCUUCUACACUUUCUGUAAAGACAACGGGAUCGAGUACCUGACGGGCCGGGUGUGGAUCGGUUUCUGGCUGAUCCUCAUUGUCAUCCUCACUGUGGCUUUUGAAGGAAGCAUUCUGGUUCGCUUUGUUUCCCGCUUCACUCAAGAGAUCUUCUCCUUCCUCAUCUCUCUCAUCUUCAUCUACGAGACCUUUGCUAAGCUGGUCAAAAUCUUUAAGGAACAUCCACUCCAGAACUGUCACCAUGGAAACAACACAGUUUCUCCAUCCCUGUGUAACUACACCAUAGCUGCUGGGAGUCCUGGGAAGGUUGUCGGAGAGCCGAACACAGCACUGCUGUCACUGGUCCUGAUGGCUGGGACAUAUUUCAUCGCUUUCUACCUGCGCAAGUUCAAGAACAGCUCCUUCUUCCCAGGAAAGCUCCGCAGGACCAUCGGAGACUUUGGGGUUCCCAUUGCCAUCCUCAUCAUGGUGCUGGUGGACUACAGCGUGGAGGACACGUACACCCAGAAGCUGAACGUACCCAGUGGGUUCUCGGUGUCUACCCCAGAGAAGCGAGGUUGGCUGAUCUCUCCGCUGGGCUCGGAUGGACUGUUUCCUGUUUGGAUGAUGGGAGCCAGCAUCCUGCCAGCAAUCUUGGUCUUCAUCCUCAUCUUCAUGGAGUCCCAGAUCACAGCGCUGAUUGUCAGUAAGAAGGAGAGGAUGCUGAUGAAGGGAACCGGUUUUCACUUGGACCUCCUGCUCAUCGUGGUGACGGGUGGGAUCUCAGCCCUGUUUGGUUUGCCUUGGUUAUCAGCUGCUACGGUUCGAUCGGUCACACAUACCAACGCCCUGACUGUCAUGAGCAAAGCUGUCGUCCCUGGAGACAAGCCUCGCAUCCAGGAGGUCAAGGAGCAGAGGGUGACAGGCUUCCUGGUGGCUGUUUUAGUAGGUCUGUCCAUCGUGAUUGGCGAGGUUCUGCGUCAGAUCCCUCUGGCUGUGCUGUUUGGGAUCUUCCUCUAUAUGGGUGUGAUGUCCCUGAACGGGAACCAGCUCACAGAGCGCCUCAUUCUGCUGCUGAUGCCCCCCAAGUACCACCCGGACCACAGCUAUGUCCGCCAGGUGCAGACAUUGAGGAUGCACUUGUUCACUCUUGUCGAGCUGACAUGUCUGUCUCUGCUGUGGGUCGUCAUGGCAACAGCGGCAGCUCUGGCAUUCCCCUUCAUGCUGCUACUGACCAUCCCCAUAAGGAUGCUGCUGCUGCCCCGCAUCUUCAGCCGCAGGGAGCUCCAGAGUCUGGAUGCUGAUGAUGCAGAGCCCCCCCUGGAGGAGAAGGAGGGUCAGGACGAGUACUCGCAGCUGCAGAUGCCCGUGUGACCCGCCGCCGCGUGGCCAUCAGUCGCCUGUCUGUUCACCUGAGUUUGUGUUUUGUGUUGACGCUGCUGAAAGAUGAUUGGACUCCUGCUGUCUGUC